UCCCUGGUCCUCAAUUAAAAAAUUCAUAUUACUUUUCUCAUUAGUCCAAUCACCUGGUAUAGUUAUUUCCAAGUUUCUCCUGAAGGCCCCACGGAGUAAUUCAGUUUCAAGGCCAGCACAGCAGGGAGAGAGCAGAGUGGCUGGGAGGAGCCAUGCUGCGCAUUGACAUGAGGAGCUCACUUCUCUGGAAUUAGUCAUGGGAAGCAAAUCAUGCUAAUGUGUUUCAGGGGAAGAGGACUGCUGUAUGAAAGAGAUCUCUGUUACAAAGCCCCUUGCUGGCUGCAGUGGCUGGAGUCACUUGCUGAGUUCCACCAUUACCAAAAGGUCUCAGCUCUAGCAGGUCAAGAGAACCACUUCAAAGUCAGGCCCAGAACAAGAGGCUUGGCAAUAUCAUCUCUUUUUCUCUCUUCAUUGCCUUAACAAGCUGACAUAAUACAACAGAAGUUAAAAGCAAUGAGGGCUACAACAACUGAAAGCAUAGGAACCAUCUGCUUACCUUCACAGCUUCAGCUUUUUAAUACCUGCAGUGACUGAGACUCAUCCACCCUCCUUGAAAAAUAGCCCAUGGCCUUCUGAAUCUCCUGAUGUAGAACCUCUGUUAUCCUUUUCUUGCUUUCCUUCUACUGCUUCAGCUUAAUGUUCUGUGCUAGUGGAAGUACAAACAGAUCACAGUGAUAAUGACAGUAGCUCUUGAGCACAGGGCACGACUACUGCAAGGCAGUAAGAUUUGUAAGGUAACAACACCUUUUUUAGGGGGCUAUUCUUCAUGCUAAUCUGUGCUGGAAGUGUAGCAUAAUCUUUUACAAAAGCUCUUGGUGUUCUGUACCCUGAAAAAAUGGUAGGCUUUUAUCCAUAUGCUCCUUCUCUACUUUCCUGAAUUACUCAAAUUUAGUUCUCUUCCUUCAUCAUGAAAGGUAAAACCAGUCAAUGUUUUUCCAUCCCUCCCACAAUUUUUUUUUCUGUGCUUUUCGUAUUUUGCUUAUUAAGUAGUUACCCUAGGGAGACUCCCUUUAUAUUGGAAUGCACAAAAAGCUGUAACUGCUUUUAACAUCUGUGGGGAGGAGGAAAAAGAGGGCAGCAGGGGAAGAAAGCCACAGAAAUAUAUGUGGUGUGAUCAAUGUUAUGCCUUGCAUCACUGUACUAAUCUUCCUAUAAGCAUUCUUGCUUGUGCCCCACAUCAGCCUACACUCUUUAAAACAAGGUACUCAGCUGUUAGGACAAAGUCAUUGGUAGUGCUUUAUGAGUGACGUCCAUCUGACUGAUGCUGCAGUGGGGCAAGGGACAGAUUAGAUGGCUUCUAAAGGUGUACCAGGGACUUCCAAGAAUUGCUGAGAAAAUAAACCAAAACUCUAGACUGAGGCAUUCAGGUAUUACAGCGCAAGCUGACAUCACUUAACCUUUUGCAGAACAAGCGCAGGCCACCCACCUCACAAUGGGAACAAGUUCUCAUGUGGCUCCCACACUGACUAUGGCUUUAGUACCAACAAACAACCAAACAAACCUCAUCCAUGUUCUCUGGAGGCUAGAACAGCAAUUCCAGACAAUGAGAUCCUGGCAGGAGGAAUGUUCCUGAAGUCUCAGGGAAGGGCUUCCUUGGAUGUCUUUGAACUCUUGCUCUUGAUGGUGUUCUGCCUCUGUCUGGACUGAACCUCCUGGGUUCAGGAGGAAGGAGCAGGAAACAGUGUCGCAAAAGGGGCCCACAUAUUCCACUGCAGGAUCUGUAAAAGAGCAAAGCAGUCCUAGAUGGGAUUUUUAACAUGGCAACAAAGACAGGACUUUCUGCUUUAUAAUUUUCUUAAAUUCAGAUGUUCUUUCUUCUUCACAUCCCAGAAAAGCUGUCUCUGAUACAACCUGAGUGUGUGCAAGAGAGGAGCAAGAUGCUUCACACCAGAGACAAUUCCUUUCCAAGCAGCAGCGCAGGGGGCACAGCAUUCUACAAAACACCAUCACUAGCAGACCUCCAGCGACUGAUGUGGUUAAAAGGAGGGUCUGAUAACCAUGUGGACCAAGUCUGGCCAAAUAUUUACCUGGGAGAUGCGUGGGCAGCUCGGAGUCUAACUACUAUUCAAAGUCUCAACAUAACUCAUAUCCUUAAUGCAGCAGAUGGGCCAUAUAACAUCAACACAGGAGCCAAAUAUUACAAAGAUCUGCAAAUAGAGUACUUUGGAAUAGAAGCAUUUGAUGAUCCUUCCUUUGAUUUAAGUAUCUUCUUCUACGAUGCUGCCAAUUUCAUAGGCAAAGCCUUAAACACUUCAGGAGGUAAAGUGUUUGUUCACUGUGCCAUGGGGGUGAGCCGCUCUGCAACGUUAGUGCUUGCCUUUUUGAUGAUCCAUGAAAACAUGACGCUCGUGGACGCUCUGAAAACGGUGGGUUCUCACAGAGACAUCUGCCCAAACACAGGGUUCCUCAGCCAGCUGCGAGAACUGGACAUUAAAUUAAGUGAAGAGAGGAAAGGAAUCAGAGAACCUGCUAGCAAAGCACUGUAAAACAGCAUCACUAAAAGAGAGAGGACAAAGCAUUACUUGAAUUUCCUGGAUCUCUUUGAAAUGAAUUGCAUUUGCAAACUAA